UGUGAUUAUACACAAUGGUUCAUGAGCCAAAAAAAACAAACAGUGUAUGAACACACACAUAAACAGAUUUCAUAAAUGAAUAAAAUAAACAAAUCUGUAAGAAACAACAACAGAGAAUGUUUAUCUUAGUAUAUGUUCCCUAUUGUCAGGCUGGGCUUGUCCUAGACACUAACCACACACAUAAAUAUAAGGGAAUACUUUGAGUAUAGAUAUUAGAGUGCUUUGAGCAUAUGUAUACUAGUAGUACUAGAGAGUGAUUCCUAAGCCUAGAUCAGAGUCCGUGUAUCAUGCCUACUGCAGCCUUAGUCAAGCAGGUCCUUUCACUAGCUACUUUUGUGAUACUUCUAGUGUCACUGGUAGCUGCUGGUACUUCUCUUGGUCUCCUUCAGGCUAACAUUUCUACUGAAUUUGUAUACUGGAAAGCAUGUUUCCUCUUUAUUAAUUAUUCUCAAGCUAUUUCAAUCCUUGAGUCAGACUACCCAGAUUUCAACUUUAACGUGCCCACUUGUAAGUUGAGUAUAGCAAGUGCUACCAUUGCUACAGUAUGCCUGGCUCUGCUAACUGCCUUUCAGCUAUGCAGUGUUUCAUUUCAAAUAAAUGUCAAAACGUUGAUUGCUAACAUUAUUCAAAUUGGAUUCUUUGCUGGCUCUAUUUUGUUCCUAUUCAUUUCCAUGGUUGUGGUUUCAGCUGGUUGGAGAAAGACUUGUGAUACAUUCAAGAAUAUAACACAACAAACACAAUAUCAUGAGUUUGUCUUUAAAUGCAAUGGACAACAGCCAAGUUAUGGUUUACCAUAUCUACCAAAUGGUGGAGAAUUCAUAGGAGCUGCUGUAUGUGCUGCUCUUGGCAUUCUGUUCACUAUUGUAGCUCUUGUUCUCUUUAUUGUAAAGCAGAUCAGGUCAAAAGAUGAUUAUAAACAUCUUGUUCAAAUGAGCGAAGAACAAAUGAACUAGCUAUAAUGUACAUUACAUUAUAGAUGUUGUAGUUUUGUCAAUUGAUAAUGUGUAGCAUGUUAUCAUUCAUUAUAGUUCAAAAAUACUAUGAGCAUGUUUAGCUAA